AUGUUUGUGACAAUAAUUGCUGGAACGGCUGAAACAGUCCGCACCGUUCAAGUACCUGGUACAGUCACACUCGACAGGAUUUCCCCCCUCCGCCCAGAGACGUACGCCGACCCUCUCAUGGCGCCUUCCAGCAGCAAGCUCUCUCCGACUCCGGCUUAUAUCGAGACCUCGCUCGGUGAACGUUACUUGCGGUACGGCGUCAAUGAAUGUGCACACCCGCUGUGGCCCCGGGGCGAUGCUUUAGUCGUGCUUAUUAUGGUUGAUAAGGACAGCAUUACGGAAAAAAUCGCCCAAUACAAAGCACGCGAGUUACCUACAGACGCGCGUACGCCGGCGGAGGUAGAAAAGGCCGGGUACGUCCAGCUCGAACCCGGUAUGGCGGUGUUCCUACGUAUCGUCAAGACGGAUACCGACAAAGGCACGGACAUGGAUGCAAAAGAAGACGACUUACAAGGGUGGGUCACAAAUGAGGGGAUACUACGCCAGCAUAACCUCGCGACGGACGAGACGAUGGAGAGGAUGGCGAAGACGGUAGAGGAGGUACUGGGGCCGGCAGACGAAAGGUCAGAGUCUCCCCCGUCAUUGGUAGAUCGCAAGUGGACCGGGGGAAUUGCAUUCGAACGUCGCCUGUACCGGGACAACUCCAAGCCGUACAAUCAUCAAGGCAAUCGCUGCUAUAGCAUUGGAUACACGGUGGAAAAGCAGACGGCACUCGCUCAUCCCGGCAAGAACAUGCAGUAUGAUCCGAAGACCGCACCGGAGGAGGACAUCCGAAUUAAACUUCUCCAGACGGUAACCGAAUACGGAGGUCUCGCGAUGAAACUGGCCCCACAAGAACGAACAGACCUCAUGGAGACAUACGGACUCGAACGUAAGGUCCCUCCCUUGGGUCACGAGAACAACAGGUUCUUCUGGACAGGUUGUCAAAUCAACGUGUCGCGUCCCAUUGCCGACGACGGACGGGAUGGCUUCGCGCAAGACUUGGGUCGUGCGGCUGACAUCCACCCGGACGGACAUGAUCAACUAGGCUCAUUUACACAACUUGUCGUACUCACGCCAACACCCGCACAAUGUUCCUCUGCAUUCUUUUUUCUACUAGAAUUCGGACUCUACAUUAUUAUGGAAUACGCAACCACGCUCGCCUUCUCCGGACGACGUCUACACUCCCGCCUUCCGUCUGUCGCACCGAGAGGGAUCCCCGACGUCCCCAAGGAUGUCUAUUCAGUUGUCGCCGUUCUGUAUCAAACCGACAAACUCACGCGCAUUGAAGAAUGCGUACUCAAUGUAUACACCGACCCCAGACGCGACAAACAGAAGCAUGUUCAAGUAACUCCUGAGACGUGGAAACCGGUCGCAGCCAUUGCACGGCACGAACACGCAACGAUCGCUCAAGACGGACAUGUGGUCGGCGGGAAUCGGCAGCCGGAGUACCUACUGACCCUGCUCUCAGGUACUGUUCGACAGGCUGUGAACCACGAUCAGAGGUUUGAGAUACGGAUCGAUCCGGGUACUCUUGCAAGAGGGGCGACGGUAUACGAUCGCGAAACUGGCGAACAAAUCGAAAUCGAUGAAACGCGAGUCGACGUGGCACGUACGGCGGAAAUCACCAAGUGUUGGGAAGAUAUCACUCGACAUCAGCGACUCCUCCUUGGAGGACACGAGGCCGUGGAUGGUCGACUACCAUCGAGAGCCCCCCCACGAGACGUCCGCGUGCCUCAGGCGGAACCAACUCAAAGUCUGAACUUACGUCCGGGUACAAGGAAAGAACGAGAUGUAGAACAGCUAGACGAAGAAGAAGAGUCGGACGAAGACGAAGAGUCGGACGAAGACGCAGCUAGUACCGGAGUCCACCCACGUCCGCGCAAGAGGAAAGACCGUGACGAAGAGACGAAUGAACCGGAGCCGGAAGAAACAAUUCAAGGUAAAGGUAAGGGAAGACAAAUGAAUGAAGAUCUACCAGACAGGCCGACGAAACGACCGAACGACGGAGGAGAAGCAAGCUCCAGUACUAACUCAGGGAGACAGCUGAGAAGUCAGACACGCAAGGAAAACGAGACGGGUGAAGCCGAUACCCUCCAGAUCGAUGAACAAGCCAAGAUUCUCGUAUUACUAGACAAGAACAAGCUACAACAAGAAAUCCAAAGAUUAACUGCCAUCGCCCCAUCCGCCAAGACCAACUUACGGUCGAUAUACGGACUCCCGUCGAUUUCUCAGCUGGCGGCCAUCUCAACAAGUCUGCUAACCUUCGCAUAUCAGGAAUCGGACAACAUAGAAGCAUCGGAAAUGGCAAUGAACUUACCUGGAAUAUGGGCGAAACUCCACAAAGCAGACAAGAAUAUAUCUUCUAUGGCGAUCGUGGACCGUAUACUAAAGCAUACCAUCUUGGUGGGGACCUGGAAAGCCUGGCGGUUUUUAGAAAUCGACUGCCGCAACGCUUGCGAGGACGUACUCUUCGAGAAGAAAAUUAACUGGCUGGCAAAACUGACUCGGACGAUAUACGACCAUCAAACAGACCGACAACCAUACGUCUUGGAGCUCGACAGUCAAGGGACACUACCACAACUGGUGCCGCCAUCGAUAAAGAAGAUCAAACCAACAACGGCGUGUAGAGUCGGGUCCAACGCCAUCGAACACGCGGUCAGUGUUACGCUCGAUACCCUAGGCGAAUGGCUCGGUUAUCCUCGUAAAGGCGGCAAAGAAGCUCUAUGGCGUAAACAAGGGUCUCUCCUCAACAUACUGGUGUCUCUUACUGGCAACUCUCACCUAUUUUUCUUGGAGGAUACCUGGGUCGCAUAUCAAAAUCCGAAGAAAGCUAUCUUCCCCGGAACUUCAGGCCGUGAUAUUACCGAUCAAGUGUGGACAAAACUAGAAGACGUACUAGAACACAAGAUGAACGCACAAGGAUAUGAAGAGAUCAAAGCGCUCGUGGAGGAAGUCGGUAAAGCGUGGUCCCCGCACGUCACCAAACUUCAGGCGAUUCAUCAGGCCAAACAGAACGGACAGUAG